AUGGACAAAGUAGCAAGGAAGUUUAUCUUCAUGGAGCGUAUAUUCAUGCUCAGAGUCUUCCUCCUCGCCUCCGACGACGACCUCUUCCACGACGAAGUCUUCCUCGCCUCCAUCUUCCUCAACGGCAUCUUCCUCCUUGCCUUCGACGAAAUCUUCCUCCACGCCUCCGACGACGACGUCUUCCUCCUCGCCUCUGACGACGACCUCUUCCACGACGAAGUCUUCCUCGCCUCAGUCUUCCUCAACGGCAUCUUCCUCCUUGCCUUCGACGACAUCUUCCUCCUCGCCUCCGACGACAACGCCGUCUUUCUCCUCUCCUCUGACGACGACGGCGUCUUCUUCCCCGCCUCCGACGACGACGUCUUCCACCCCGCCUCCGACGACGACGUUCUCCUCCUCGCCUUCGACAUCUUCCUCGCCUCCAUCUUCCUCAACGGCAUCUUCCUCCUUGCCUUCGACGAAAUCUUCCUCCACGCCUCCGACGACGACGGCUCUUCCUCCUCGCCUCUGACGUCGACCUCUUCCACGACGAAGUCUUCCUCGCCUCAGUCUUCCUCAACGGCAUCUUCCUCCUUGCCUUCGACGACAUCUUCCUCCUCGACGACGACGACAUCUUCCUCCUUGCCUUCGACGACGACGACGACAUCUUCCUCCUCGCCUCCAACGACGACCUCUUCCACGACGAAGUCUUCCUCGCCUCCGUCUUCCUCAACGGCAUCUUCCUCCUUGCCUUCGACGACAUCUUCCUCCUUGCCUUCGACGACAUCUUCCUCCUCGCCUCCGACGACGACGUCUUCCUCCUCGCUUCCGACGACGGCGUCUUCGACGUCUUCCUCGCCUCCGAUGAAGACGGCGUCUUCCUCCUCGCCUCCGCCGACGACGUCUUCCUCCUUGCUUCCGACGACGACGUCUUCCUCCUCGCCUCCGACGACGACGACAUCUUACUCCUCGCCUCCGACGACGACGUCUUCCUCCUCGCUUCCGACGACGGCGUCUUCGACGUCUUCCUCGCCUCCAACGACGACCUCUUCCACGACGAAGUCUUCCUCGACUCCGUCUUCCUCGACUCCGUCUUCCUCAACGGCAUCUUCCUCCUUGCCUUCGACGACAUCUUCCUCCUCGCCUCCGACGACGACGGCUUCUUCCUCCUCGCUUCCGACGACGGCGUCUUCGACGUCUUCCUCGCCUCCGAUGAAGACGGCGUCUUCCUCCUCGCCUCCGAUGACGACGACAUCUUCCUCCUCGCCUCCAACGACGACGACAUCUUCCUCCUCGCUUCCGACGACGACGUCUUCCUCCUCGCUUCCGACGACGGCGUCUUCGACGUCUUCCUCGCCUCCGAUGAAGACGGCGUCUUCCUCCUCGCCUCCGACGACGACGACAUCUUCCUCCUCGCCUCCAACGACGACGACAUCUUCCUCCUCGCUUCCGACGACGGCGUCUUCGACGUCUUCCUCGCCUCCGAUGAAGACGGCGUCUUCCUCCUCGCUUCCGACGACGGCGUCUUCGACGUCUUCCUCGCCUCCGAUGAAGACGGCGUCUUCCUCCACGCCUCCAACGACGACAUCUUCCACGACGAAGUCUUCCUCGACUCCGUCUUCCUCAACGGCAUCUUCCUCCUUGCCUUCGACGACAUCUUCCUCCUCGCCUCCGACGACGACGUCUUCCUCCUCGCUUCCGACGACGGCGUCUUCGACGUCUUCCUCGCCUCCGAUGAAGACGACAUCUUCCUCCUCGCCUCCAACGACGACCUCUUCCACGACGAAGUCUUCCUCGACUCCGUCUUCCUCGACUCCGUCUUCCUCGACUCCGUCUUCCUCGACUCCGUCUUCCUCAACGGCAUCUUCCUCCUUGCCUUCGACGACAUCUUCCUCCUCGCCUCCGACGACGACGUCUUCCUCCUCGCUUCCGACGACGACGUCUUCCUCCUCGCUUCCGACGACGGCGUCUUCGACGUCUUCCUCGCCUCCGAUGAAGACGGCGUCUUCCUCCUCGCCUCCGAUGACGACGACAUCUUCCUCCUCGCCUCCAACGACGACGACGUCUUCCCUUCCGACGACGUCGUCUUCCUCCUCGCUUCCGACGACGGCGUCUUCGACGUCUUCCUCGCCUCCGAUGAAGACGGCGUCUUCCUCCUCGCCUCCGAUGAAGACGACAUCUUCCUCCUCGCCUCCAACGACGACCUCUUCCACGACGAAGUCUUCCUCGACUCCGUCUUCCUCAACGGCAUCUUCCUCCUUGCCUUCGACGACAUCUUCCUCCUCGCCUCCGACGACGACGGCGUCUUCCUCCUCGCCUCCGACGACGACGUCUUCCUCCUCGCUUCCGACGACGACGUCUUCCUCCUCGCUUCCGACGACGGCGUCUUCGACGUCUUCCUCGCCUCCGAUGUCUUCCUCGACUCCGUCUUCCUCGACUCCGUCUUCCUCAACGGCAUCUUCCUCCUUGCCUUCGACGACAUCUUCCUCCUCGCCUCCGACGACGACGGCGUCUUCCUCCCCGCCUCCAACGACGACGUCUUCGACCGUCUUCCUCCUUGCCUCCGACGACAUCUUCCUCCUCGCCUCCGACGACAACGGCGUCUUCCUCUUCGCCUCCGACGACGACGUCUUCCUCCUUGCCUCUGAUGACGUCUUUCUCCUCACCUCCGACGACGUCUUUCUCCUCUCCUCCGACGACAACGCCGUCUUUCUCCUCUCCUCCGACGACGACGCAGUCUUCCUCCUCGCCUCCGAAGACGACGCCCUCUUCCUCCUCGCCUUCGACGACGACGCCGUCUUCCUCUUCGCCUCCGACAACGACGUCUUCCUCCUCGCCUGCGACGACGACGCAGUCUUCCUCUUCACCUCCAACGACGACGCCCUCUUCCUCCCCGCUUCCGACGACGUCUUCCUCCCCGCCUCCGACGACGAUGUCCUCCUCCACGUCUCCGACGGCGUCUUUCUCCUCGCCUCAGACGACGGCACGACGGCGUCUUCCUCCUCACCUCCGACGACGUCUUCCUUCCCUCUUUCUUCCUCGCCUCCGUCUUCCUCAACAGCGUCUUCCUCCUUGCCUCCGACGACAUCUUCCUCCUCGCCUCCGACGACAACGGCGUCUUCCUCUUCGCCUCCGACGACGACCGUCUUCCUCCUUGCCUCCGACGACAUCUUCCUCCUCGCCUCCGACGACAACGGCGUCUUCCUCUUCGCCUCCGACGACGACGUGUUCCUCCUUGCCUCUGAUGACGUCUUCCUCCUCACCUCCGACGACGUCUUUCUCCUCUCCUCCGACGACAACGCCGUCUUUCUCCUCUCCUCCGACGACGACGCAGUCUUCCUCCUCGCCUCCGAAGACGACGCCCUCUUCCUCCUCGCCUUCGACGACGACGCCGUCUUCCUCUUCGCCUCCGACAACGACGUCUUCCUCCUCGCCUGCGACGACGACGCAGUCUUCCUCUUCACCUCCAACGACGACGCCCUCUUCCUCCCCGCUUCCGACGACGUCUUCCUCCCCGCCUCCGACGACGAUGUCCUCCUCCACGUCUCCGACGGCGUCUUUCUCCUCGCCUCAGACGACGGCCCUCCGUCUUCCUCGCCUCCGUCUUCCUCCUUGCCCUCGACGACAUCUUCCUCCUCGCCUCCGAUGACGACGGCGUCUUCCUCCUCGCCUCCGACGACAACGCCUUCCUCCUCGCUUCCGACAACGGCGUCUUCGACAACGUCUUCCUCGCCUCCAACGACGACGGCGUCUUACUCCUCGCUUCCGACGACAACGCCUUCCUCCUUGCUUCCGACAACGGCGUCUUCGACAACGUCUUCCUCGCCUCCGACGACGACGCCGUCUUCCUCCUCGCUUCCGACGACGACGACAUCUUCCUCCUCGCUUCCGACGACGACGACGUCUUCCUCCUCGCUUCCGACGACGGCGUCUUCGACAACGUCUUCCUCGCCUCCGAUGACGAGGGCGUCUUCCUCCUCGCCUCCGACGACAUCUUCCUCCUCGCAUCCAACGACGACCUCUUCCACGACGAAGUCUUCCUCGCCUCCGUCUUCCUCAACGCCAUCUUCCUCCUUGCCUUCGACGACAUCUUCCUCCUCGCCUCCGACGACGACGACAUCUUCCUCCUCGCCUCCGACGACGACGUCUUCCUCCUCGCUUCCGACGACGGCGUCUUCGACAACGUCUUCCUCGCCUCCGAUGACGACGGCGUCUUCCUCCUCUCCUCCGACGACAUCUUCCUCCUCGCCUCCGACGACGACGGCGUCUUCCUCCUCUCCUCCGACAACGACAUCUUCCUCCUCGCCUCCGACGACGACGGCGUCUUCCUCCUCUCCUCCGACGACGGCGUCUUCCUCCUCUCCUCCGACGUCUUCCUCCUCGCUUCCGACGACGACGACGUCUUCCUCCUCGCCUCCGACGACGACGACGUCUUCCUCCUCGCCUCAGACGACGACGUCUUCCUUCCCUCCUUCUUCCUCGCCUCCGUCUUCCUCAACAGCGUCUUCCUCCUCGCCUCUGAUGACGUCUUCCUCCUCACCUCCGACGACGACGGCGUCUUCCUCCUCGUCUCCGACGACCGUCUUCCUCCUUGCCUCCGACGACAUCUUCCUCCUCGCCUCCGACGACAACGGCGUCUUCCUCUUCGCCUCCGACGACGACGUCUUCCUCCUUGCCUCUGAUGACGUCUUUCUCCUCACCUCCGACGACGUCUUUCUCCUCUCCUCCGACGACAACGCCGUCUUUCUCCUCUCCUCCGACGACGACGCAGUCUUCCUCCUCGCCUCCGAAGACGACGCCCUCUUCCUCCUCGCCUUCGACGACGACGCAGUCUUCCUCUUCACCUCCAACGACGACGCCCUCUUCCUCCUCGCCUCCGACGACGACGCAGUCUUCCUCUUCACCUCCAACGACGACGCCCUCUUCCUCCCCGCCUCCGACGACGUCUUCCUCCCCGCCUCCGACGACGAUGUCCUCCUCCUCGUCUCCGACGGCACGUCUUCCUCCUCGCCUCAGACGACGGCUUCUUCCUCCUCGCCUCAGACGACGGCGUCUUCCUCCUCGCCUCCGACGACGACGACUUCCACGACGAAGUCUUACUCGCCUCCGUCUUCCUCCUUGCCUCAGACGACAUCUUCCUCCUCGCCUCCGACGACGACGUCUUCCUCCUCGCUUCCGACGACGGCGUCUUCGACAACGUCUUCCUCGCCUCCGAUGACGAGGGCGUCUUCCUCCUCGCCUCCGACGACGACGACAUCUUCCUCCUCGCAUCCAACGAUGACCUCUUCCACGACGAAGUCUUCCUCGCCUCCGUCUUCCUCAACGCCAUCUUCCUCCUUGCCUUCGACGACAUCUUCCUCCUCGCCUCCGACGACGACGACAUCUUCCUCCUCGCAUCCAACGACGACCUCUUCCACGACGAAGUCUUCCUCGCCUCCGUCUUCCUCAACGGCAUCUUCCUCCUUGCCUUCGACGACAUCUUCCUCCUCGCCUCCGACGACAUCUUCCUCCUCGCAUCCAACGACGACCUCUUCCACGACGAAGUCUUCCUUGCCUCCGUCUUCCUCAACGGCAUCUUCCUCCUUGCCUUCGACGACAUCUUCCUCCUCGCCUCAGACGACGACGUCUUCCUCCUCGCUUCCGACGACGGCGUCUUCGACAACGUCUUCCUCGCCUCCGAUGACGACGGCGUCUUCCUCCUCUCCUCCGACGACAUCUUCCUCCUCGCCUCCGACGACGACGCAGUCUUCCUCCUCUCCUCCGACGACGACAUCUUCCUCCUCUCCUCCGACGACGGCGUCUUCCUCCUCUCCUCCGACGACAUCUUCCUCCUCGCCUCCGACGACAACGCCGUCUUCCUCCUCUCCUCCGACGACGACAUCUUCCUCCUCUCCUCCGACGACGACGGCUUCUUCCUCCUCGCUUCCGACGACGGCGUCUUCGACGUCUUCCUCGCCUCCGAUGAAGACGGCGUCUUCCUCCUCGCCUCCGACGACGACGACAUCUUCCUCCUCGCCUCCAACGACGACGACAUCUUCCUCCUCGCUUCCGACGACGGCGUCUUCGACGUCUUCCUCGCCUCCGAUGAAGACGGCGUCUUCCUCCUCGCUUCCGACGACGGCGUCUUCGACGUCUUCCUCGCCUCCGAUGAAGACGGCGUCUUCCUCCACGCCUCCAACGACGACAUCUUCCACGACGAAGUCUUCCUCGACUCCGUCUUCCUCAACGGCAUCUUCCUCCUUGCCUUCGACGACAUCUUCCUCCUCGCCUCCGACGACGACGUCUUCCUCCUCGCUUCCGACGACGGCGUCUUCGACGUCUUCCUCGCCUCCGAUGAAGACGACAUCUUCCUCCUCGCCUCCAACGACGACCUCUUCCACGACGAAGUCUUCCUCGACUCCGUCUUCCUCGACUCCGUCUUCCUCGACUCCGUCUUCCUCGACUCCGUCUUCCUCAACGGCAUCUUCCUCCUUGCCUUCGACGACAUCUUCCUCCUCGCAUCCAACGAUGACCUCUUCCACGACGAAGUCUUCCUCGCCUCCGUCUUCCUCAACGCCAUCUUCCUCCUUGCCUUCGACGACAUCUUCCUCCUCGCCUCCGACGACGACGACAUCUUCCUCCUCGCAUCCAACGACGACCUCUUCCACGACGAAGUCUUCCUCGCCUCCGUCUUCCUCAACGGCAUCUUCCUCCUUGCCUUCGACGACAUCUUCCUCCUCGCCUCCGACGACAUCUUCCUCCUCGCAUCCAACGACGACCUCUUCCACGACGAAGUCUUCCUUGCCUCCGUCUUCCUCAACGGCAUCUUCCUCCUUGCCUUCGACGACAUCUUCCUCCUCGCCUCAGACGACGACGUCUUCCUCCUCGCGUCCGACGACGGCGUCUUCGACAACGUCUUCCUCGCCUCCGAUGACGACGGCGUCUUCCUCCUCUCCUCCGACGACAUCUUCCUCCUCGCCUCCGACGACGACGCAGUCUUCCUCCUCUCCUCCGACGACGACAUCUUCCUCCUCUCCUCCGACGACGGCGUCUUCCUCCUCUCCUCCGACGACAUCUUCCUCCUCGCCUCCGACGACAACGCCGUCUUCCUCCUCUCCUCCGACGACGACAUCUUCCUCCUCUCCUCCGACGACGACGGCUUCUUCCUCCUCGCUUCCGACGACGGCGUCUUCGACGUCUUCCUCGCCUCCGAUGAAGACGGCGUCUUCCUCCUCGCCUCCGACGACGACGACAUCUUCCUCCUCGCCUCCAACGACGACGACAUCUUCCUCCUCGCUUCCGACGGCGUCUUCCUCCACGCCUCCAACGACGACAUCUUCCACGACGAAGUCUUCCUCGACUCCGUCUUCCUCAACGGCAUCUUCCUCCUUGCCUUCGACGACAUCUUCCUCCUCGCCUCCGACGACGACGUCUUCCUCCUCGCUUCCGACGACGGCGUCUUCGACGUCUUCCUCGCCUCCGAUGAAGACGACAUCUUCCUCCUCGCCUCCAACGACGACCUCUUCCACGACGAAGUCUUCCUCGACUCCGUCUUCCUCGACUCCGUCUUCCUCGACUCCGUCUUCCUCGACUCCGUCUUCCUCAACGGCAUCUUCCUCCUUGCCUUCGACGACAUCUUCCUCCUCGCCUCCGACGACGACGUCUUCCUCCUCGCCUCCGACGACGACGUCUUCCUCCUCGCUUCCGACGACGACGUCUUCCUCCUCGCUUCCGACGACGGCGUCUUCGACGUCUUCCUCGCCUCCGAUGAAGACGGCGUCUUCCUCCUCGCUUCCGACGACGGCGUCUUCGACGUCUUCCUCGCCUCCGAUGAAGACGGCGUCUUCCUCCACGCCUCCAACGACGACAUCUUCCACGACGAAGUCUUCCUCGACUCCGUCUUCCUCAACGUCUUCCUCCUCGCCUCCGACGACGACCUCUUCCACGACGAAGUCUUCCUCGCCUCCAUCUUCCUCAACGGCAUCUUCCUCCUUGCCUUCGACGACAUCUUCCUCCACGCCUCCGAUGAAGACGGCGUCUUCCUCCUCGCUUCCGACGACGGCGUCUUCGACGUCUUCCUCGCCUCCGAUGAAGACGACAUCUUCCUCCUCGCCUCCAACGACGACGACAUCUUCCUCCUCGCUUCCGACGACGUCGUCUUCCUCCUCGCUUCCGACGACGGCGUCUUCGACGUCUUCCUCGCCUCCGAUGAAGACGGCGUCUUCCUCCUCGCCUCCGAUGAAGACGACAUCUUCCUCCUCGCCUCCAACGACGACCUCUUCCACGACGAAGUCUUCCUCGACUCCGUCUUCCUCAACGGCAUCUUCCUCCUUGCCUUCGACGACAUCUUCCUCCUCGCCUCCGACGACGACGGCGUCUUCCUCCUCGCCUCCGACGACGACGUCUUCCUCCUCGCUUCCGACGACGACGUCUUCCUCCUCGCUUCCGACGACGGCGUCUUCGACGUCUUCCUCGCCUCCGAUGACGACGACAUCUUCCUCCUCGCCUCCAACGACGACGACAUCUUCCUCCUCGCUUCCGACGACGACGUCUUCCUCCUCGCUUCCGACGACGGCGUCUUCGACGUCUUCCUCGCCUCCGAUGAAGACGACGUCUUCCUCCUCGCUUCCGACGACGGCGUCUUCGACGUCUUCCUCGCCUCCGAUGAAGACGGCGUCUUCCUCUUCGCCUCCGAUGACGACGACAUCUUCCUCCUCGCCUCCAACGACGACGACAUCUUCCUCCUCGCUUCCGACGACGACGUCUUCCUCCUCGCCUCCAACGACGACGGCGUCUUCCUCCUCGCUUCCGACGACGGCGUCUUCGACGUCUUCCUCGCCUCCGAUGACGACGACAUCUUCCUCCUCGCCUCCAACGACGACGACAUCUUCCUCCUCGCUUCCGACGACGACGUCUUCCUCCUCGCUUCCGACGACGGCGUCUUCGACGUCUUCCUCGCCUCCGAUGAAGACGACGUCUUCCUCCUCGCUUCCGACGACGGCGUCUUCGACGUCUUCCUCGCCUCCGAUGAAGACGGCGUCUUCCUCCUCGCCUCCGAUGACGACGACAUCUUCCUCCUCGCCUCCAACGACGACGACAUCUUCCUCCUCGCUUCCGACGACGACGUCUUCCUCCUCGCCUCCAACGACGACGGCGUCUUCCUCCUCGCUUCCGACGACGGCGUCUUCGACGUCUUCCUCGCCUCCGAUGACGACGACAUCUUCCUCCUCGCCUCCAACGACGACGACAUCUUCCUCCUCGCUUCCGACGACGACGUCUUCCUCCUCGCUUCCGACGACGGCGUCUUCGACGUCUUCCUCGCCUCCGAUGAAGACGGCGUCUUCCUCCUCGCUUCCGACGACGGCGUCUUCGACGUCUUCCUCGCCUCCGAUGAAGACGACGUCUUCCUCCUCGCUUCCGACGACGGCGUCUUCGACGUCUUCCUCGCCUCCGAUGAAGACGGCGUCUUCCUCCUCGCCUCCGAUGACGACGACAUCUUCCUCCUCGCCUCCAACGACGACGACAUCUUCCUCCUCGCUUCCGACGACGUCGUCUUCCUCCUCGCUUCCGACGACGGCGUCUUCGACGUCUUCCUCGCCUCCGAUGAAGACGGCGUCUUCCUCCUCGCCUCCGAUGAAGACAUCUUCCUCCUCGCCUCCGACGACGACGUCUUCCUCCUCGCUUCCGACGACGACGUCUUCCUCCUCGCUUCCGACGACGGCGUCUUCGACGUCUUCCUCGCCUCCAAUAAAGACGGCGUCUUCCUCCUCGCCUCCGACGAUGACGACAUCUUACUCCUCGCCUCCGACGACGACGUCUUCCUCCUUGCUUCCGACAACGACGUCUUCCUCCUCGCCUCCAACGACGACCUCUUCCACGACGAAGUCUUCCUCGCCUCCGUCUUCCUCAACGGCAUCUUCCUCCUUGCCUUCGACGACAUCUUCCUCCUCGCCUCCGACGACGACGUCUUCCUCCUCGCUUCCGACGACGGCGUCUUCCUCCUCGCCUCCGACGACGACGACGUCUUCCCCCUCGCUUCCGACGACGGUGUCUUCCUCCUCGCUUCCGACAACGGUGUCUUCGACGUCUUCCUCGCCUCCGACGACGACGACAUCUUCCUCCUCGCUUCCGACGACGGUGUCUUCCUCCUCGCUUCCGACAACGGCGUCUUCGACGUCUUCCUCGCCUCCGACGACGACGACAUCUUCCUCCUCGCCUCCAACGACGACGACAUCUUCCUCCUCGCCUCCAACGACGACCUCUUCCACGACGAAGUCUUCCUCGACUCCGUCUUCCUCAACGGCAUCUUCCUCCUUGCCUUCGACGACAUCUUCCUCCUCGCCUCCGACGACGACGUCUUCCUCCUCGCUUCCGACGACGACGUCUUCCUCCUCGCUUCCGACGACGGCGUCUUCGACGUCUUCCUCGCCUCCGAUGAAGACGGCGUCUUCCUCCUCGCCUCCGAUGACGACGACAUCUUCCUCCUCGCCUCCAACGACGACGACAUCUUCCUCCUCGCUUCCGACGACGACGUCUUCCUCCUCGCUUCCGACGACGGCGUCUUCGACGACGGCGUCUUCCUCCUCACCUCCGACGACGUCUUCCUUCCCUCUUUCUUCCUCGCCUCCGUCUUCCUCAACAGCGUCUUCCUCCUUGCCUCCGACGACAUCUUCCUCCUCGCCUCCGACGACAACGGCGUCUUCCUCUUCGCCUCCGACGACGACCGUCUUCCUCCUUGCCUCCGACGACAUCUUCCUCCUCGCCUCCGACGACAACGGCGUCUUCCUCUUCGCCUCCGACGACGACGUGUUCCUCCUUGCCUCUGAUGACGUCUUCCUCCUCACCUCCGACGACGUCUUUCUCCUCUCCUCCGACGACAACGCCGUCUUUCUCCUCUCCUCCGACGACGACGCAGUCUUCCUCCUCGCCUCCGAAGACGACGCCCUCUUCCUCCUCGCCUUCGACGACGACGCCGUCUUCCUCUUCGCCUCCGACAACGACGUCUUCCUCCUCGCCUGCGACGACGACGCAGUCUUCCUCUUCACCUCCAACGACGACGCCCUCUUCCUCCCCGCUUCCGACGACGUCUUCCUCCCCGCCUCCGACGACGAUACGACGGCGUCUUCCUCCUCGCCUCAUACGACGACGUCUUCCUCCUCGCCUCAGACGACGACGUCUUCCUCCUCGCCUCAGACGACGGCGUCUUCCUCCUCGCCUCAGACGACGACGUCUUCCUCCUCGCCUCAGACGACGGCUUCUUCCUCCUCGCCUCAGACGACGGCGUCUUCCUCCUCGCCUCCGACGACGACGAUUUCCACAACGAAGUCUUCCUCGCCUCCGUCUUCCUCCUUGCCUCCGACGACAUCUUCCUCCUCGCUUCCGACGACGGCGUCUUCGACAACGUCUUCCUCGCCUCCGAUGACGACGGCGUCUUCUUCCUCUCCUCCGACGACGGCGUCUUCCUCCUCUCCUCCGACAUCUUCCUCCUCACCUCCGACGACGACGUCUUCCUCCUCGCCUCAGACGACGACGCCGUCUUCCUCCUCGCCUCAGACGACGACGCCGACGGCGUCUUCCUCCUCGUCUCCGACGACGUCUUCCUUCCCUCCUUCUUCCUCGCCUCCGUCUUCCUCAACAGCGUCUUCCUCCUUGCCUCCGACGACAUCUUCCUCCUCGCCUCCGACGACAACGGCGUCUUCCUCUUCGCCUCCGACGACGACGUCUUCCUCCUUGCCUCUGAUGACGUCUUUCUCCUCACCUCCGACGACGUCUUUCUCCUCUCCUCCGACGACAACGCCGUCUUUCUCCUCUCCUCCGACGACGACGCAGUCUUCCUCCUCGCCUCCGAAGACGACGCCCUCUUCCUCCUCGCCUUCGACGACGACGCAGUCUUCCUCUUCACCUCCAACGACGACGCCCUCUUCCUCCUCGCCUCCGACGACGACGCAGUCUUCCUCUUCACCUCCAACGACGACGCCCUCUUCCUCCCCGCCUCCGACGACGUCUUCCUCCCCGCCUCCGACGACGAUGUCCUCCUCCUCGUCUCCGACGGCGUCUUUCUCCUCGCCUCAGACGACGGCGUCUUCCUCCUCGCCUCAGACGACGACGUCUUCCUCCUCGCCUCAGACGACGGCUUCUUCCUCCUCGCCUCAGACGACGGCGUCUUCCUCCUCGCCUCCGACGACGACGACUUCCACGACGAAGUCUUACUCGCCUCCGUCUUCCUCCUUGCCUCAGACGACAUCUUCCUCCUCGCCUCCGACGACGACGUCUUCCUCCUCGCUUCCGACGACGGCGUCUUCGACAACGUCUUCCUCGCCUCCGAUGACGAGGGCGUCUUCCUCCUCGCCUCCGACGACGACGACAUCUUCCUCCUCGCAUCCAACGAUGACCUCUUCCACGACGAAGUCUUCCUCGCCUCCGUCUUCCUCAACGCCAUCUUCCUCCUUGCCUUCGACGACAUCUUCCUCCUCGCCUCCGACGACGACGACAUCUUCCUCCUCGCAUCCAACGACGACCUCUUCCACGACGAAGUCUUCCUCGCCUCCGUCUUCCUCAACGGCAUCUUCCUCCUUGCCUUCGACGACAUCUUCCUCCUCGCCUCCGACGACAUCUUCCUCCUCGCAUCCAACGACGACCUCUUCCACGACGAAGUCUUCCUUGCCUCCGUCUUCCUCAACGGCAUCUUCCUCCUUGCCUUCGACGACAUCUUCCUCCUCGCCUCAGACGACGACGUCUUCCUCCUCGCUUCCGACGACGGCGUCUUCGACAACGUCUUCCUCGCCUCCGAUGACGACGGCGUCUUCCUCCUCUCCUCCGACGACAUCUUCCUCCUCGCCUCCGACGACGACGCAGUCUUCCUCCUCUCCUCCGACGACGACAUCUUCCUCCUCUCCUCCGACGACGGCGUCUUCCUCCUCUCCUCCGACGACAUCUUCCUCCUCGCCUCCGACGACAACGCCGUCUUCCUCCUCUCCUCCGACGACGACAUCUUCCUCCUCUCCUCCGACGACGGCGUCUUCCUCCUCUCCUCCGACGACAUCUUCCUCCUCGCCUCCGACGACGACGCCGUCUUCCUCCUCUCCUCCGACGACGACAUCUUCCUCCUCUCCUCCGACAACGGCGUCUUCCUCUUCGCCUCCGACGACGACGUCUUCCUCCUCACCUCCGACGACGUCUUUCUCCUCUCCUCCGACGACAACGCCGUCUUUCUCCUCUCCUCCGACGACGACGCAGUCUUCCUCCUCGCCUCCGAAGACGACGCCCUCUUCCUCCUCGCCUUCGACGACGACGCUGUCUUCCUCUUCGCCUCCGACAACGACGUCUUCCUCCUCGCCUGCGACGACGACGCAGUCUUCCUCUUCACCUCCAACGACGACGCCCUCUUCCUCCUCGCUUCCGACGACGGCGUCUUCGACAACGUCUUCCUUGCCUCCGAUGACGACGGCGUCUUCCUCCUCUCCUCCGACGACAACGCCGUCUUUCUCCUCUCCUCUGACGUCUUCCUCCCCGCCUCCGACGACGAUGUUCUCCUCCUCGUCUCCGACGGCGUCUUCCUCCUCGCCUCAGACGACGGCG